CCACAAUCAUGGAGACCCCAAGGUCUCGGCGUUCUUGAUCUGAGGACGCGGCGCCGUGUCUGGGGUCACACCCGAGAAAGAAAGGAAUGGUUUCUUUAUGAUGGGGGCUCGUCUGCCUGGUCGCCCGCGGUCGAGUGGUUUUGUCUCUUCCAUCAUCGAUAUUUGCGAAAAUGGCGGCUCUCAAGACUGAUACUCUCGAUGUUGAGAAGAUCUCGGAUUCGCCGGUUUACAAUGAGCACCGAAGCGAUGACUCUGAUCAGGAGAAGACGCUUACUCCAGAGGCGCUCGACGAUGACCCGGUCUACUCGUACGCGGAACAGCGCAAGAUCAUUCAUCGACUGGAUGCGAGACUGAUCACUGUGGCUGGCAUCAUCUACAUGAACAGUCUGAUGGAUCGGUCUAAUUUGCCGAAUGCGAACAUCGCGGGAAUGUCGGAAGACCUGCAAUUGACUGGAUUCCGCUACAGUCUGAUCUCCCUGGUCUUCUUCAUCACCUAUACGAUUUUCCAACCGCCUGCCACGCUCUUGACGAGAAAGAUUGGCCCGAGAAUAUUUCUGUCGGGAAUUUGCCUGGCAUGGGGCGCUGUUAUGAUUGGCUUCAGCUUCGUUCAGGAUUGGGUCGUUCUGGUGCCUUUGCGUCUGCUCUUAGGUCUAUUCGAAGCUGGAUACUUCCCCGGUGUGGUAUAUCUGAUUUCGACGUGGUAUGCAAGAUAUGAUAUGCAGAAGCGCUAUGCCGGAUUCUACGCGCUUGGUCUGGUCGCAUCUGGGUGCUCUGGUAUCCUCGCAUAUGGCCUCAUGCAAUUGGACGGAAGGGCCGGUCUCGAAGGAUGGCGCUGGAUUUUCCUCGUCUUUGGACUGUUGACAGUCGCCGCUGCUUUCCUCGGGUUCGCAUUCCUCGUCGACUUCCCAGACGUAGCGGUGAACAAGAAACACUGGAAGUUCUUGAACCGCGAAGAAAUUGAAUUCAUCCUUCGCCGGAUCGACAAAGAUCGAGGUGACUCUGCGCAAGAGCCAUGGAAUUUCCGCAAGUGGUUGGCUGCAGGUGCAGAUUGGAAGAUUUGGACGUUUGCGUUGUGCUUCUUUGGUCUCACAACGCAGGCUUACGCUCUGGCAUUCUUUCUGCCUAUUAUUCUCAAUUCGAACAUGGGCUUCGAUGUCGGCGAAUCGCAAUUAUUGACGGCACCUCCAUAUGCUGCCUCAGCACUUGUCAUGUUCUCGUGUGCUUGGAUUGGUGACAAGUACCGAGUGCGAGGACCGCUGCUCUUUUUCACUGCAACACUGGGAAUUAUUGGAGCUGCAGUAUUGGGCUGGGCUGAUUCUGCUGGCGCACGCUACUUUGGAACCUUCCUCAUUUGCAUGGCAUCAAACGGCGGCAUCCCAACAGUCAUGGCAUAUCAAGCAAACAAUGUACGAGGCCAAUGGAAGCGGGCUUUUGCCUCCGCCACGCUCGUUGGAUUUGGUGGUAUCGGUGGCAUUGCAGGCAGCACUGUCUUCCGGUCCCAGGAUGCUCCAACUUAUAUUCCCGGCAUCAUCGCUUGUAUCGCUGUCAACGUGAUGAUCAUUGUCAUCGUUGCUUUCAACACGGUUGUGUUCGCUCGACAGAAUGAAAAGGCUGAUCGUGGGGAGAUGGUACUCGAGGGAGAUCCGAAGUUUAGGUAUACCCUCUGAGCGCUAGGCAGAAUAUUUUAUAGACUGUGAUAAGCCCUCGAACGGGCAGAUUGACAUCAGUAUGGACAGCUAUUUUCACGCCGGGGAUGUGGCCUUUUCA